UCAUUUACUUUCAUUUAGAAACAGGGUUUGUUGGAACAAACAAGCAGAAAGUCGACAGAGUGAAGCUGAUGAAAUGGCCGCUUCAGCUGAUAUUUCCACCUCAGCACUGAGCCGCCCUGCUACAGAAAUGAGGAUUGUGUUGAUAGGAGGAAGAUAUGAUGACCCUUCCAGCGGUAAAAGCUCAGCUGGAAACAUCAUCCUGGGUCACAAUGUUUUUGACACCAGCAGAAGAACAACUCAGAGUGAAGCGAGGCAGCAGGAAGUACUCGGCAGACGACUCACAGUGGUUGAUACUCCUGGAUGGUGGUGGCAUUAUCCAAGAGAAGAAACCCCAAAACUGGAUCAGAUAGAAAUCCAGAAUAGUGUCCAUCUGUGUCCCCCAGGACCUCAUGUCUUUCUUCUGGUCAUUCCUGUUCGUUCUAAUUUCUCCCAGCAUGUCAAACCAUCUCUAAAGGAACACCUGGAACUUUUCAAAGCAGAUGUUUUCAGUCACACCAUCGUGCUGUUCACUGCAGUCCAUCCAUGUAGUGAUGAAACCAUUGAAUCAGAAAUCAGAGGAAGUCCAGUCCUGCAGUGGAUCCUUCAACAAUGUGGAAACAGAAAACAUGUUCUCAACAUCAGCAACAGAGAAGAUAGAGAUCAAGUCAAGAUGCUUCUAGAGAAAACUGAGAAAGAUCUCAAAGCUCUGGUGGAGGUCCUGAUGCCAUUAACAGAGAGAGUGUGGAGACACUGCAUGGUGCUGUUUACCAGGGGAGAAUGGCUCAAUGUCCUCCCUGUAGAGAACUACAUCGUCAGAGAGGGCAAGGAGCUCCAGGAGCUUCUGGAGAAGUGUGGGAACAGAUACCAUGUUCUCAGCUUCUUUAAUUAUGAUGAUCCUGUUCAAGUCAAAGAGCUGUUCCAAACAAUUAUCAACAUGGUAAAACAGAACAAAGGAUGCUUCACGACUGAAGGAAAAAGAAAGAAAUUUCAGUUUCUACCUCAGCAAAGAAAACAACGCAUUCUGACAGAAGAGGAGUGGAACAGACGGGAGCAGGAGCUGAUGGAGAGAAUGAUGAAAGCUUUAGCAAAGGAACCAGAGAAACCAACAGUUCCCUCUGUGGAGGUGGCAGAGAGCAAGGAUGACUUUGUCAUUCCAGACAUGAGCGAAGAUGUUUCCUCAGAACAUGGGAGCAUUUCAGAGGUUAGGAAUCAACGAGCUCAUAACAUCGUUGCUGAAUGGCUGGCUAAGAGAGUGAGACAGUCUGAGAUCAGCUCUGGGAUGGGCAGCAUUUGUUCCUCAGUCAGUUAUAUGGAGAAACAUGAUGAAGAUCUCCAAUAGAUUAAAAUCAUCCAAAGAUGAGUUCAUUCUCACAGAGAAUAAAGAAGAUCCUCUGAACAUUUUCUACAAUCCUUCAACUAAACACAGGAACUCUUGCUCAACCAAAAAACUACAGCAGAAAUUAAAUGAUGGAAGCUAAAGGAGAACACAGGAUGGAAUAUGAAAAUAUACCAGCUUGGUGCUACAUGAGCCUAUGAUGGUCUAAACACUGUAGAUCACAUGUUUAAAGUCCUGGUUUUGUGAUGAAGCUGCUGCCCCCUGAAGACACUGAUGCCUCAGAGUUUAUUCCCAGUUCUUUCCCCUGGUGUUUCAUUAGUUAAUGUCUAUUUCUGUGUUGUAUUCCUGCCUGUUUGAUUUUAUUGCCACGAUUGCAGACAUAUGUCUCCUUUGUCAAACCUGAUCUAGAGAAGAGUAACUUUAUGAUCAUUUAUAUCUCUAUAGGCUUCAUGUAUCGUCACAUUCUUUUCUCCAGAGGCGUCAUUAGGUUUUAAGGGUUGGGGGGAUUGGCCCCCAGAUAAUAAACUGUUCAGUAAAACUAAUAGCACAAGAUUUCUUAAACAACUAACAAAAACUAAAAUUGCUUUUCCUCUAAUCAAACACAUUUAACAGAGAUACCUCACUGUGUAAAUAAUUUAAACAACUAUCAGGUUUAAAUCACAGGAAGUUUGUUGAUCUGUUUCUCCUUCAGCAUCUCCCUCUGCCAGAUCCUUUACAAUAUCUUGAAACACGAUAAAUUUAGAUAAUAAAUCAACAACAUCAGCUAAUGCCAUAAUUUUAAUUCACAACACGACAACUGUUUGUUCCCAAAUAUUUUUUAUUCGGACAGAUUA